AUGAAAAGGGUAAUAACUUCCCAAAUUCAGCCGAUUCGUCGCUUUACCAUUGGCAAAGCGCCGGAUCUUCAGAAGUCCAACUGGAAACAAGAUGUGGUGUAUCUUUAUCAAUUCAAGAGGUCACCAGUGAUACCUAAUCUUUCUCCGUUUUGUAUCAAGGUCGAGACAUUUCUUCGAGCUCAUGAUAUUCCUUAUGAGCCAAUUGGAAGUUACACUUUGAGGUCGAAACAAGGUCGUCUUCCUUUUAUAGAGCUGAAUGGAGAACAAAUAGCUGAUUCUCAGAUUAUUCUUUGGCAUUUGGUCAAGAAGUUUAAGAUUGAUGUAGGUUAUUUUAUAAUUUAGGUUUUAUUAGAAUGCUAGAGGUUUGUGUAGAGACGUGUUUUGUCAUGGUUAAUAUUAUAACAAAGCUAAUUUUUUUGAGGAAACUGUGAUUCAUUGUUGUAAUUGUAAGGCGAAUAGUAAUGUACGGGUUAAGACUUAAUUUAACAUAUUUUUAGGAAGGUUUGUCGAAAGAACAAAAAGCUUUGUCCAGAGCUGUGGAACGACUAGCUGAAGGUAGUAUCUACUAGUAAGUAAUAGUGACAUUCUGUUUUGUAUACUAAUUUUAUUGUUUAGCCCGAUCACAUACUUCCGAAGCAUCGAGAGUGCUAAAAACAUGAUUAAUCCUAACGUCAGUGGACUGCCAUUACCUUCAUUUUUAGUUGGACCAGUAGCCAACAGGUUUAUCAAAAUGGUACGCUUUUAGUCUUAGUAUUUUUGGAUGGAUGAGAUUGGUUUGGCGAUUUUAGAUUGAGGUUGUUUACGUAAACUCUUUUAUUUAUUUACCAUAUUUUAAAUAAAUGGAUAUUAAUGUUGUUUUAGUCAAGACCUCGAUUGGACAUGGAAGGUACUGGUCGAUUUCCACGUGAAACUAUUAUUGAAGUGUUGAGAAGAGAUAUUGAGUCAGUCGAUGGACUUUUGGGCGACAAAAAGUUUAUUAUUGGAGCUCGGCCGACAGUUGUAAGUUUAGUUUGAUACUCUCUUAAGUGGUACUGUUGUAGCUUAUAUUAAGUAAAAAAUUUUUUUUUUAUGUUUGUUCGUAACGUUCUUAUUGUUUUUGAUCAUGUUUAUUUAAAAACUACUAAAUUUCCUUGUUUACACAUUUGUCCAACACAAUGUUAGUAUAACAUGCUGUUCACUGGUAGUAUAAUAUGUUGAAUAUAACUGCUAUUACAGGCUGACUUCACAGUCUUUGGGCAUUUGAGCGUGGGUUAUUUCCUGCCGUUCCGCCAACCGGUUCAAGACAUUCUGGAUGACGAAUUCCCUCGCGUCCGCGGACUUCUCGAAAGGAUUCGGCUUCACUAUUGGCCAGACUGGACCCAAAAGUCUAAGGAGUAG